CUGCCCCACAGGUGCCGGAGGGGCAGGUGGUGAUGCUCUCCUUCCGCGUCUUCGACCUGGAGCCCGACCCGAUCUGCCGCUAUGACUACCUGGAGGUCUUCAACGGGCACGCACCCAUCGAAUCCCAGCGCCUGGGCCGCUUCUGUGGCACCUUCCGCCCGGGUGCCAUCCUGGCCACCAGCAACCGGAUGCUGCUGCAGAUGGUGUCCGACGAGGGCAGCGGCGGCAGGGGGCUCCUCGUCUUGGUUAGGGGUGGCCUCCCCCCUGGUGAUGAGCACCAGUUCUGCGGGGGGAAGCUUGAAAAAGCCCAAGGCUCUCUCAAGACCCCCAACUGGCCUGAAAGCGACUACCCGCCUGGCAUCAGUUGCUCCUGGCACAUCAUUGCUCCACAGGACAAGGUGAUCGUGCUCACUUUUGGGAAGUUUGACGUGGAGUUUGACACAUACUGCCGGUACGACUAUGUUGCCGUGUUCAACGGUGGGGAGCAAGAUGACUCACGCCGCAUUGGCAAAUUCUGUGGAGACAGCUCGCCCAGCCCAGUCCUCUCAGACAGCAACGAGCUCCUGGUCCAGUUUGUCUCGGACCUCAGCGUCACGGCCGACGGGUUCUCCGCCUCGUACGUGAUGAAGAAUCGCGAUGAGCCGGUGGACACCACGUGGACCCAGCCCACGGGCCCUGUCUUCCCAGGCUCCAAGCCCACUCAGACGGACAGGAAGCCUAUCCCAGCUAAGCCCAAACCUGCAAGCAAACCUGGAGGCCCAGCCAAGCCAUCACCACCCCCCAAGCCAACGCCCAAAGCCCUUCCUGAUGCUGUGGGCCCCACAACUCCUGCUGCAGGUCAGGUCACGUGCCCAGAACGCUGCAAGCGCGCAGGGAACCUGCAGAGCAAUUUUUGUGCCAGUGACUUCGUGAUCACAGGCACCGUGAAAAAUGUUAUGCGAAGAACAGGCACCGGGGUCAUUGCUGCCGUGACGCUCAUCCAGGCUUACAAGACGGGAGCCUUGAACCUCCCUCCAGAAGGAAAUGAAGCCACCCUCCGCCUGGAUGUGCCCUGCAGACAGUGCCCCAUUCUCAAGAAAGGGGCCAGCUACGUCUUCAUGGGCAGGGUGGAGGCCGAUGGAACUGGGCAGCUGCCUCCCACCAGUUUCGUGGUCCCCUUCCGCCAGCAGCAGCAUCCGAUCCUCACAAACUUCAGCAAGCGUCCAUGCGCUGGUCCAGCCACCAGGAACUAGACCUGAGCGCCAGGAGGAACGAGGCGGCAGCAGCCUUGGCCGAGCUGCUCUGCUUCUCGGUCGUGGACAGGCUUCGGAGAAGCCGCCCGAGCGGCACCGUAUAAUCAAUAAUUUUGCGGGUGGGGGGAGAGGGAAGCAGUUCAUGGACUCCCUGGGUGAAGAAUUGCACAAAUCGUUCCACGUUGUUCACACCCAUGCCACUGUCUUAAAGGUAUUUUUACACACA